AUGGUUUAUUAUUUACCUCAUCAUCCAGUAAUUAGAAAUGAUAAACAAACUGCAAAGUUACGGAUAGUUUUUGAUGUUUCUUCUAAAGAAAAAAAUUGCUACUCUCUAAAUGAUAACUUAUUAUCGGGUCCCAAUCUAAACCCUAAUCUUUUAAUUUUACUAUUAAAAUUUCGCGAGUUUAAAAUAGGAAUAAUUGCUGAUUGUGAAAAGCCUUUCCUACAAUUGUUAAUUGAUGAACAUGAUAGGGACUAUCUUAGAUUUCUUUGGUCAGAGCAAUUCCCUCCCAAGAAAAUUGAGGUUUUUCGCAAUAGAACCGUAACUUUCGGAGUAAAAUCAUCAACAUUUUUACUAGCUGGAACAAUAAAGUAUCAUAUCAAAAAUUAUAAAGAAUCUCAUCCUUUGGCGUGUAAGGUUUUAAAUAAAAAUUUGUAUGUCGACGAUCUUAUUACUGGUACAAAUACGAUUGAAGAUGGACUACUAUUAUCCAGGGACGCUAAAUUAAUAUUAAAGGAUGCAUCAAUAAAUCUUAGGAAGUGGAAGAGUAAUUCUAAGGAGUUAUGCCAAAAAUGGCAAGACACAAAAUUUGAAAAAUAUCCUAGUGAAGAAACAGUACCUUUAAAAGUUUGGAAUACUUUAAAGGAUAAGUUUAAUUUAGAUUUAAAAUCUUUAAUUGAUUCUUUGGAAAAUGUGAAGAAUACUAAGAGAAGCGUAUUACGCAUAUCAUCGAAAUUAUUUGAUCCAAUGGGAUAUAUAACAGCAUUCACGAUUAGAAUUAAAGUUCUUCUUCAAGAAAUAUGGGAACAAGGCUUAGAAUGGGAUGAGGAAUUCGGAGAUAUUUUAAGACUGAAAUGGCAAAAAUGGUAUAAGGAAGUAAAUGUAUUAAAGGAACUUUCACUACCAAGAUAUUAUUUUCAUGAAGAAGAUAGCUGUUCCGAAGUAGGGAAUUAUAAGAUAAUUAUAUUUUGUGACGCAAGUGAGAAGGCGUAUGGAGCGAUUGCAUAUAUUCGAUAUGAAAGAAAUCAAAAUUUUUACCUAAGCUUCGUUACUUCAAAGGCACGCGUUGCACUAUUGAAGAAGUUGAGUCUACCAAGAUUAGAACUGAUGACCACUCUUAUAGGUUCCAGAUUAUUGGAUACUUUAAGGAAAAUGUUUCAAAUAAAUAACAACUAUAUUCUAUAUUCUGACUCAACCAUAGCCCUUAGUUGGAUUCGAGGAAAUGCAAAUCAGUGGAAAACAUUUAUUUCAAACAGAGUAACUGAGAUCCAAACUUUAACAGAUCCUACUAAUUGGAAGUACAUAAAGGGAAAUGAUAAUCCAGCUGAUAUCAUAUCAAGAGGAUGCAGUGCUAAUGACUUGCUCUCAAGUGCAAUUGUAUUUAAUGGACCAACAUGGUUGACAUUAACCGAAGAAAAUUGGCCGAAAAAUGAAGAAAAUUUUAGAAGAGCAGAUGUAGAUGAAGAAAAGAGAUCGAAAUUUAUUGCAGUUAAUUAUGCAAGUGAAAAUAAUGUUCACGAUUCAAUUUUCGAUAUCCACAAAUUUAGUUCUAUUGAGAAGGUUUUCCGAUUAACAGCCUGGAUUAGAAGAUUUAUUACAAAUUUGAGAGUGAAGGAAGAAGAUAGAAUCCAAAAUGUUUUAACUGCAGAAGAAUUAGAAGAAGCUGAAAACUUUUGGUUGAGACACGUACAAGCAAGGAACUACAGUAAGGAUAUAGAUUGCUUAAAGGAAGGACAACAUUUACAGAAGUGCUCAAAAAUCAGAGACUUAAAUCCGUUCAUUUCUGACAAAGGGAUUCUACUUGUGGGUGGAAGACUACAGCACUCCAAUUUGAACUAUUAUGAAAAACAUCCUAUACUAUUACCAUCAAAAACUAAAUUUACAGAACUGAUAGUGAAAGAAGCACACGAAAAGACCCUACACUCUGGUAUUUCAGACACAUUAACNAUUUAA